GGGCAUAGGUACAGUAUCGAGGUCACCAUCACAGCCAGCAUUCUAUUUGAAAUAUCACGCGACACCCUCAGCACUUCCAAGCUCACGACCUGGUUCCCUCUUGGAAUUGAUUCGACAGACCGAGUUCACCGCUAUUGUAUAUCACCGACCGCCCACCAUGUCAGCCCAGACCAUGGCGCAAGCCCGCGCAGUCGUCCGCGAGCUCAACGGCGUCGUCGUGAGCGCCGGCCUCAUGCAGAAGACGGUCAAAGUGCGCGUGGGUGGCCAGCAAUGGAAGCAAAAGGUCCAAAAGAUGUUCACGAAACCAACGCACUACCUCGUCCACGACCCCAACUCAUCCCUCCGCACAGGAGAUGUCGUUUCCAUUGUUCCUGGAUGGAGGACAUCACCCCACAAGCGCCACGUCGUCAAGAGCAUCAUCGCGCCCCACGGUACACCCAUCUCAGCGCGCCCACCGGUACCGACCGAGGAGGAGAGAAUCGCGGCCAAGGUGCAAAAGAGGGAAGCCAAGGUUGCUAGACGAGAGACGCGGCGGCAGGAGAAGUCUUCAAAAUCCACUCCUGAGCCCGAGGUUGACUAAGGCCUGAGAUUGGCGGAAGAAAGACUAAACAGAGAACCAGGAAAAGGUUUAGCAAAGAUUACAACACAACGCUGUAUAACACAAAUGGGGAGGGGAAGGGAGUUGACACAGAGCACUGGGCCUCGUCUUCACUUCAGUUGACGAUAUCCUUGGCCUGAUUUGUGGCUGGAAACGUGUAGACGAACACUCGAUGUCACCGGUGAAACAUUGUACGAAUACCAAC